AGCCAUCUCUCUCGGCUCUUUACCACCGGUGCCAGCAACUGUUUCCCCUUUGGAUGAGUGACAGUGUGAUGUUGCUCAAGGCCAAUUGAAUGACAAUGUAAAAACCCAAUCCCUUAAUACUUCAAUAUUUCCCAAGUUCUGGGCUGUGCAGGUUGAAACAAUAUGCAACACUCGCUGGUCUAGUCCAGGCUAAACUGCGUCCAAGAUGGUCCAGGGCCCGAGAAAGAUCACAUCAGGCUUGUUCACUUCUCUGCCCGUUCUCUGGCUCUCACUCCCGAUGGAGGGUAGUGGAAGGCAACAAGUCUACCCUGAGGAUAUUAAAUGACUAGAAGCCUAGCUUCAACCCUACACAGAGUUACACGUCAGGCUGGCAAGGUGGUGCUUGCUGCCAAGCCUGAUGACCUGAGUUUGAGCCUUGGACCCCCACGGAAAUAGAUAGCUGACUCCUGCAGACCUCCACAUGUGGACUCUGGUACACAUCUUCUCACGCACAAAAAUGAAUAAAUGUAAAAAAGAAAAAAGUUAAAGAAAUAAACAUGUUUUUGGAGAAGUGAAGCUUUAACCAUGUGGGAUUGAUUCCAGGAGUCUUUGAAUCUGAAGAUUAAGUUCUAGGCUGUCUUACAGGGUUGGUUAGUACAUGUAAGUAUACAGCAUUUCCCUCACAGUGCUCUGAAAUGGCCCUGGCUGUCCUCAAACUCUGUCCUCCUGCCUCAGAAUGCCACGGUUACAGAUGCAGCUAUGCCCAAUAGCUCUUCUUUUACACAGCAGUUUGGCUCCUUUGAGCCACUGAGUCCUAAAUAUCUCCGUCCCCAGAAAUGACCACUACUUCACGCCUAAGUACAUUUGAAAGGAGUGUCUGAUGCCACCUCUUACACAGCACAAAGUAACUGAGUUUGUCCCUUGCCUUCCCAUGCAGGUGAAAGUAAAGCGUAUGCUGUCUGCAGCAGAAAAUGCUACAGAGAAGUGUCUGGGGCUCAGGGCCGAGGCAGGGCUUCCAUCAUGCCAUGGUAGCAGAGAAAGCGCUGAGCAUUUGGCACUGGGCUACCAACCAGUGUGCUCUUCCCUGGGAAAGACCACCUCUUCUGCUCCCAGCUUUCCCCAGCCACCUUUGCAACCCAAGAUGACCUCAACCUUGUGAUCUCCUGCCUCAGAUUCCUGAAUGCUGGCGUUACAGACCACAGCGGCCUCUGAGCAGAUCAGAAUCUCCUUGUUUGCGCACUUCACUCGGCUCCUUCCGGCAACCAUGUCUGACAAAACCGAUAUGGCUGAGAAAGAGAAAUUCGAUAAGUCGAAAUUGAAGAAGACAGAAACGCAAGGGAAAAAUCCUCUGCCUUCAAAAGAAACGAUUGAACAGGAGAAGCAAGCUGGCGAAUCGUAAUGAGGCGAGCGCCGCCAAUAUGCACUGUACAUUCCACAAGCAUUGCCUUCUUAUUUUACUUCCUUAGCUGUUUAACUUUGUAAGAUGCAAAGAGGUUGGAUCAAGUUUAAAUGACUGUGCUGCCCCUUUCACAUCGAAGAAUCAGAACUACUGACCAGGAAGGCCUCCCCUGCCUCUCCCACCCGUCUGUCGGUCUGGCUGGCAGGGAGGGAAAAGAACUUGUAUGUUGGUGAAGGAAAAAGCUGGGUGGGAGGUGGUGAAAUACAGAGUCAAAUUCAAAGUGUCCUGCAGGAUGUAAAAUGCAGUUUAAUCAGAGUGCCAUUUUUUUGUUCAAAUGAUUUUAAUUAUUGAAAUGCACAAUUUUUUAAAUAUGCAAAUAAAGUUUUAAAACCUGAAAAAAAA